AGUUUUUGACUUUUGUCUCCACUUAGGUCUCUACUAUCGUCGUACUAAUGCUAAAAACCCUUUGUUCUAAACUGAGAAGUCAACAACAGUUACUAACAAAAACCCUGCAACAAGUUCUUGGUUCCCCCUCUAAUAAUAUUCUAAAACCCUACUACAACAGAUUCUUUGAUCACACCCUUUUUCCAGCUACUAUGAAAACUAUGGAUGAAUCUGAUGUGGGUAUUUCCUGCUACAUUUCCAACCUCCCUGGCUUCCGUGGCAUCCUCAAGCAAAGGUACUCCGACUUCAUUGUAAAUGAAGUGGACUUAGAUGAAAAUGUUGUUCAUUUGAUUUCACUGGAGGCUCCAAAGGAAGUGUGUUCAGAGGACAAGGAUGUAAAUGUAUCUGAUCAACCGAAUACAAGUUAUGUGACUGAGAUAGAAUCUUUCAGAUCUCUCGCUGGCAAUUCUGAUGCAGACAAGCUUAAGGCUCUUAUUGAUAAACAUAAUUCUGGGGUCGAUGUCAUUGAUGAAUCCAUUGUCCUUUCACCAAGUUCAGAUAAAUCCCAUCGGACUGCAAUUCAUAACUUUUUCAAGGAAAGGUUAAAAUUCCUUGUAACAGAUACUAUUGAUGGAGUAGAGGACCAAUCAAAGUGUGUUCGUGUGAGAUUGAAUAAGGGAGGGAAUAAUGGAAGGGGUAAAUACUCUAGAAAAAGGAAAGACCGAGAUGAUAAACGUUAUGACAGUAGAGGUUCAGACAGUUGGCCAGAACAUCGUGGCAAGUUCCUCAGGUUUCAUCUUUUCAAGGAGAAUAAGGAUACACAGGAAGCUUUAAACGUUAUAGCAAAGAUGCUUGGCGUUCAGCCUAGGUCCUUUGGAUUUUCUGGUACUAAAGAUAAGCGUGCUGUCACAACCCAGAGGGUAACUGUUUUCAAGCAACAAGCAAGUAAAUUAGCAGCUCUCAACAGAAGAUUGAUUGGAAUCAAAGUUGGUGACUUUUGCCAUGUUAAAGAAGGGCUUAUGCUUGGGCAGCUUUAUGGGAACCGAUUUACUAUAACACUUCGGGGAGUGUCAGCAGAGUCUGAGGAUAUAAUUAAAGCAUCAGCAGUUGCCCUAGGAAAACAUGGGUUUAUAAACUAUUUUGGCUUACAGCGGUUUGGCAGCAGUUCUGUGCCAACCCAUCUAAUCGGAGCUGCGUUGUUGCGUGGAGAGUGGAAAGCUGCUGUCAGCUUGAUUCUUGAUCCAAGAGAAGGGGAGAAGAAUGCCAUCAGUACAGUAAGGGAGUAUUACAAGGAAAGUGGUGACAUUGAUGGGACUUUGAGGCAGUUACCUCGUUAUCUGGUUGCUGAAAAGGCGAUUUUGCAGUGCCUGAAAAAAUCUCCUGGAAACUAUCUGCAAGCUCUGAAGGCCAUACCCAGGACUCUCCGAAUGAUGUAUGUACAUAGCUAUCAAAGUUAUCUUUGGAACCAUGCAGCGAGCAUGAGAGUGCAAAAGCAUGGGUUUGACCAAGUUGUGUUGGGAGAUUUGGUGUAUUCAAAAGAACAACAUAAAGAGAAAGAACCUUUUGUUGUUGAAUGUGAAGACGUGAAUGACAAUAACAUGGAUGAUUAUAGCAAUCUGGACGAGACCUCAGAGACUGAUGUUCCUGAAGAAAGAAAUAUACCAGUCAAGGCUAUAAAUGAAGAAGACCUUAAAUCUGGUACAUAUACCAUCGAUGAUGUACUUCUGCCUUUGCCUGGGUCUAGGGUUAUUUAUCCAUCAAAUGACAUUGGUGAAGUUUACCGUGACUUGGCACAGAAGGAUGGUAUCAGCUUGACAGAGACUGCACAUAAGAUCAAGGAAUUCUCCAUAACCAAUAUGACUGGAGCUUACAGACGUGUGUUUCAAAAACCGAAGGAUUUUGAAUGGGAACUGCUUAGUUACACGGAUGGAACUAUACCUCUAGCCGAGACAGAUUUUGAUGUCAUUUCCAAGUCAGUAAAGAAAAGCAAGGUCAGAGAGGAGGACUCUGCCAAUGGAAGCGAGGAACUUCCUGCUGACUCUUCAGUAAUCUCUGUAGGUGGUGACAUGCUUCCAGAAAAAGGGCGUGAGGAAAAGAUUAACAGUGAAGCAGGGAUGCAAUCAGAGAAAUCUCAGAGUGGUGGUAAUGCUGAGGGGAGCCAGAUGGCUCUCAAGCUGAGCUUUACACUCCCAGCUUCUUGCUAUGCGACUAUGGCUGUGAGGGAGCUACUGAAAACAUCCACUUCUGUUGCAUUUCACAAGUCACUAAAUGAUUAAGCAAACGCUCGGCUACAAAGAAAAUCUUGGCUUUUGAAGUGGUUAACUUUGCUAAGUACCAUUGUGCUAUGGUUUUGGGGGAACAUUGUGUUUCCUGUGAUCAAUGUGAUGUUGCAAAGUCUUCCCGAAGGAAAAUUAGCUAUACUUUUUUGUCUCCGCCUUUCAGGCAGGGGACAUAUUAUAUAGUGCUUCCAGUUUCUUUCAUUGUAUUGCUAUUCACCUUUGCAAUAAGUUUUACUUAAGUUAUAGGUUAGCGAAUUGAAGUAGAGUAUAAGAGCCGAUUUGAAUCGGAUGUGCACCAUUUGACGAGAUACUUUUGAUAUAGUGUUUACAAGUGAAAAUUCUAACUUGUAAGAUGGUACUUAUUUAACUGAACAAUAUGCUAUGACCCCUUUUUUUCAUGGUUGUUUAGCUGUAACCAUGUAAUCUACAAUUUGGUAAAUGCAUGCGGUGGAAUUACCCUCA